CGCCGCAGCUCCAUCACCCGUCUUCCAUCUCGCUAGCCACCAUGAAGCUGUCCUGGAGCUUCAUCCUCUCCUCGCUGUAUUGUGCGACCUCCGCAACAAAGGUCGGCCAUGUAUAUCUCCACGACCCGGUCUUCGGAGCUUCGUCUGAGGCCGCUACAUCGACCGUAGAUCCAGAAACAACCCGCUUGAUACUCGCACAGCGUCUCGGCCUAUCGCGAUUCCAUGCGAUAAGGCAUCCUAGCGAAGAAGUGGUCCAACAGAUCAAUUCAUAUGGAGGGAGGCAGCAGAAGCUCUUCGGCGUCGAGGAUCCGGCGAAGACGAAAGCGCAUGUGCUGAUAUGGCUGGAAGACGUCGAGGAUCCGUCAGAAAUCAUCCCUAAUACAUUGGGGUUGUCUAGCUUCACAAUAUCAAACCCCCCUCCGGCGUCCGAUAACGACCGCUUGAUUCAGGACAUGAUCCUCCAGGCAGAAGCGCUUCCGAGAUAUGCGGAUCCCAAAGGGUACACGUACGGCAAUGUAAUCGAUGCCGAAGCUACCCUGUCGAAGCUCACGGAAACCAACGUGUAUAACGAUUACCUGGUCAUCUUCCGAGCGGACAAGACCGACAAUCUUAGCCUUACGGAGCUCUCGACCGGGAUCUCACGCUUAUUGAUGAAGACCGCCAGUCUUAAGGAGCAAGGAUUCUCAAUGACUGUUGUCUGCAUGCCGCCCUCCUCGUCUCAUGCUAAACGGGCAGCACAGCCCUAUGGAACCUACGAUCUCCCAUCCAAGAUCGAAGCCCGCCGCGAGGUCGCCGAGGCCCCGCUCUCGCUCGCAUCCUCCAAGCCAUCCACAUCACCGAAUCUCCCUGCCGAUCUUGAGGACUUCCCAGUCAUCACCCAGGCACAGGCCAACGAUUCCGCUCCUGUUCUUGGCAUACUCCCAGGCUGCUUCUCCAGCCUCGCCGGCUGCCAGAAGCAGACCCACAACUGCAGCAGCCACGGCGAAUGCAAGCUGCUGCACAAGGGCCAGAAGGGGAGUGACUCAGUGGUACAGGACUGCUAUGGCUGUGCUUGUACGCCUACCGUUGUUCAUGUGGGACAGGACCACGGCAUGGAGACUAAGAAGAAGACUACGUACUGGGGUGGGCCUGCCUGCCAGAAGAAAGAUAUUUCAGUGCCCUUCUGGUUGUUCGUCGGAAGCGGUGUUAUGCUUGCUUUCUUGAUCAGCGGUGGUAUUGGCAUGUUGUAUUCCAUGGGUAACGAGGAGCUCCCGAGUGUGAUUGGCGCCGGUGUCAGUGGUCCGACGAGGAAGUAAGUGGUUGAAGGAUGGGAAGAGCUACCAUGAAAUCACUAUGGAAACUUGUAUAUCUGGUGUAUGAGACGAUUUCCUUGCCUGUUACAGCGCGGAAGCGUGUAUUACCACAUUGGCUGUGGCUGGGUCUAUAUGGGUCACUGGCGUCAAAUAGCAUUGCAAUUGAAUUAUUUGGAAGAAUGC